AUGAGAUCAUGGACAGAGCAUUCACCUAAUUCAUCCACUAACACGUCAUUGUCUAGAAACACUACAUCUGCAGGAAACUUAGGCGCCAUUGAAGCCGAGAAUCUCUUGGUGGCCAACGAUGAGCCAGACCCCGCUUCGUCCACGCUAGAGGACUUCAGACUGCAGAACUAUUUGGCAGAGACACUACAAUCAUUACUUUACAAUCUUUCUACGUCGUUUCUGGAGUUUCAGUCAUCCCUGUCAAAUAAUUCUUCGAUAUCCUUCCGAGAUUACUUCCAUGCCACAUUUCCACUGGCAAAUAUCACAUACCCAACUUAUCACGACUCGAACCUCACAUCAACAGUUCCUAGUCUAUCCGUUCACAACUUGACUAACGUCAACUUCUAUGGAGACGAAGACGAUAGGAUAAGUGCUUGGGGAAACUACAGUAGGAAUAUCACGUCGAACUUUACAGAUGGUCUAGGAGCAGAGAAAUCAGCCGCAGAAAUUGUGGUUAUCUCUAUCGUGGUUAGUUUACUGUCGGUUUUGACUGCCGGUGGAAAUUUGUUGGUAAUUGUGGCUUUUAAGCUGGACAAAAACCUGCAGACUGUCAGUAAUUAUUUCCUGUUGAGUCUAGCAGUUGCUGAUCUAACUAUCGGAAUCAUAUCCAUGCCUUUGUACACCGUUUACUUACUGAUGGGCUACUGGCCCCUGAAGGCGCUGAUGUGUGACGUCUGGUUGUCGCUGGACUACACCAUGAGCAACGCCUCAGUAGCCAAUCUGAUCAUCAUCAGUUUCGACAGAUACCUGAGCGUCACCAGGCCGCUAACCUACCGCGCCAAGAGAACGCCAAGAAGAGCAGGAACCAUGAUAGGCUGUGCAUGGAUUAUCUCCUCUGUUAUAUGGACCCCUUGGAUAUUUGCCUGGCCUUACAUCGAGGGACAGCGGAACGUUCCAGAAACGGAUUGCUACAUCCAGUUUCUGAAAACUAAUCAGUAUAUCACAAUUAUUACAGCAAUGUUCGCGUUCUUUAUACCGGUUAUAAUUAUGUCCGUUCUAUACUUCCAAAUCUACAGGGAAACGCAGAAACGUCAAAAAGACCUGCCUAAGUUACAGGGGAUGCAUAAAUCUAAGCGGGUUAAAGACCCGCGGCAGAGAUACCACCACUCCAGCAACAAGUCUGUAACGUCCAGUGAGGACGAGGCUUACUCCAGUACCAGUGAGCGGGGCGUCCACGCAGUGGUAAGUCCCGACGAGCUGGAGUCGGCAGAACCGGCGUCAUUCAAAAGUAAGAUUUUGAGUUGUCUGAAAAUUGACCGAGACUCGGAUUACAUGGAAGAUUCUAGUACAAGUGAUCCGCCAUGUUCUCUUCCAAAUUCACAUGUUCAUUCCGACUGUAACGUUCACACUCUGUACGGAGCAGGGACCAACGGGGACAAGUAUCUACCUCGUCAGGGCUCGCAGAGCUCUGCCAACAGCCUACACUGCCAACCAUCGAAACCUCAGACGGUCAGAAUGAACUUUAGCACCUCACUGAUCCCUCUGUUACCGGUGGACUCACCAAGUCCCACGUCGCCCAUGUCUGGAUCUAGAGACUUGGGUUUCUAUACCACGGUUUCGACCCCCGAGCAACAUCUACCAUCACUGUACGAGGGACCGUUCCCUCGACAUUCAGGUCUUCUAACCACCUCGUUCACUGACCCAGUCGCAGAGACAAUCAAAGAGGAUCCCCGUUCAGAUUCGGAGGAGUCAUUAAAUGAAGAUAAGGACAAACAUAAAAGUGACAGCGACGAUGAAGAAGAAGAUGACGAAAGUGCAAUGUUCAGGGUUCUGAUUUUACUUCCGGGGCACACCGGAGAUUUGAACCCGAAACCUACCAUUAAGAUUGAACCUGACGAAGAUUUGGACAGGUUUAGCGAACUCAACCCCGGACUGGUACAGAGGGAUGACAGUGACACGGAUGAUGAAGAUGAUGCUUCUUCCAGACGUCUUCCAGAGCGUCAAACUCUGCCGCCGCCCGUACGUCCUCCCACAGGAACACCUGCUCUGGCCAGGAGAGCACACAGUAGCGAUUCCAACAAAGUGGCUCUACAGGCCAAAAUUGUGGCCAGAGCUGCCACAAAGGCCCGCAAGGCUAAACAGCAGACAUCAAAAACGCAGUCAAUACGAUUGGAAAGGCGGCAGGACCAGAAGGCGGCAAAGACAUUAACUGCGAUUUUAUUGGCCUUUAUAGUCACGUGGACUCCGUACAACAUCUUCACAGUUGUGGAAGUGUUUUGUGAGGGCUGUGUUAACAAAACACUAUAUUCUAUAGGUUACUGGCUGUGCUACAUCAACAGCACCAUCAACCCGCUCUGUUACGCACUCUGCAACGUCAACUUCCGGCGCACAUUUUGGAGAAUUCUCACCUGCCGCUGCGUACAACGGCGCGGCUCCCUCCACCGCAUGGUCUUGCCUGCCCCGCACAUCAACAACCUUAUACCCAGGUGA